CCCAGUUGUCAAACAAGCUUACCUAACCUCACUUUUAUUCAAUUUUGUUACAUACACUUAAAAAUUAGUUGAAAAGUGUGUUACUUUAUCAAAACAGAAUGUCUGAGGCCGCCCCCACACUCGACAAGUCGAAACGCAAACGCAAAAAGUCGUUUUUAAAGAACGCCCGCAAGUACGCCAAAAAGGGGUGCUACGGCCGUGGAAGUCAGCUGGACGCGGAUACUUACCAAUACUUUGUACGUAUAAUGGAGGCUUACAGAGAGGGGUUCGAUUCCGAAGACGACAAAUCAAUUUUUGUCAACAAUGUUUUUGAGCAGACGAUAGACCAAGAAAUUAACUGUUGCUGUAAUCAGGUUGGAUGUCGCGUUGUGGAGACGUUGCUACCUUUUGCAAAUGAUAUGGUGGUGAAGCGGUACAUGGACGUGUUUAGUAAUGAAUUGAGGCCUUUAUGUUCCGACAGAUUUGCUUCACAUGUAUUGGAGGCUUUAGUACGACAAGCAGCGACUUGCUCACUUCGAGAAAACCUUGAUACGGAAUUCCGGAAAAAAUGUACAGAAUUUGUUAUAAGAGUUAGUAGAUUUUUGUUAAAUAAUUUGGAAGAUUACUUGUGGGAUACAUAUGGAAGUCAUGUUGUUAGAACAUGUUUAGAGAGCUUAGCUCAGAUUCCUAAAGAGGAUAAAACUAAGCCCAAAAUCAACGAACAAGAAACCACUGAAAUCCCCCUACCUGAUGAAUACACGGAAAUUAUUAAAGACUGCACAGACCGAAUAAUGCAUUGGCCCCAAUUUCCAGAACUGUGUAACACUGAAACCAGCUCAGGCUUUCUACAAGUGUUACUAAAAUCAGUGAAAAAAACUGACUCAAAAUUGUUAAAAACACUCUUAGGAAAACUAAUUUCAACGAAUUUUGCGCCCGAAAGUGAGCCCCCGGCUUCUAGUGACGUACUUCCAAAUAUUUUUCUGUCAAAACCCGCCAUGAUGGUUCUAGAAACGGCCCUAGAUGUCGCUAAAAAGAAAAAGUUCACGCAAAUCUACGCCAAAUGUUUUUCAAGUAGGCUUGUCAAGUUGGCCACCACAAGAAGUACCAACUUCAGCGUGCAAAAAUUAAUUCUCAAUUGUAAAGAAAAAUCAGAGUUUGAGGCCAUUUUUGACGAGUUGGGGGAUAAUUUCAGUGACAUUAUUAAAGUUGGCCACACUGGAAUAAUCUGGGCUUUGGCUCAAAGCUGCAAACGAUUGGCCACCAAGCAGGGUAUUUUUAUGCAAAAUUUGAUGAAAAGUCUGGACUGCAGUGCGGACGAAAGACAGAGCCAAUUUAUUUUAUGUUUGUGUCGGUUUAGGGAUUUUCAGUCUUCACAAAAUGACACUAAAGCCGACCUACAAAAGGAAAAACUGAAUUUGCAGGGGACUUUAACUUUACAAGUACUUUUAGACUUUAACAAACCCAUUAAAAUCGUUAAUGGUUUGCUUGAUAUGGAGCAAAGCGAGUUGUUGGGGUUGUUUUCCAAUACCAUGGGCAGCCAUAUUGUUGAUUCGUACGUCAAGAGCGUGUUCGUUGGGGAAAAAAGUAGAGAGAGAUUAGUGAGGAAAAUGAAGGGUGCGUAUCAGGAGCUAGCUUCAAGUAAGUACGGAUCAAGGUCAUUCGAGGCCCUCUGGAACGCGGCAAACAUCAAAAACAAGCUAUUCAUCCUGGAGGAAUUGGCACACAAAGAUGGCGCCUGGUCGAAUUCCGAGCACGGCAAAAUCAUAGCCAACAAAGUAAAUCUGGUUUUGUUCAAACGCAACAAAGAAGAAUGGAAAAACAGCCUAAACUCCACCAACAAAGCGAAGGAGUUGUUUGCAGAUAUUUUAAAAUAAGUCUACAAUAAGUGAAUUUGUAUAUUGGGAAAGUACAUCGGUUUUAAAAUAUAAAUAAAAUAAAUAAUAAACACUAAAUAACAUGGAAA